CAGUUUUGAUUGUGGCAACUGCGGGUAAAGUAGAUGUCUCGCCACUCGCUCCAUUUGAUCCAGUUUCUGAUCCUACGUCUAUAAGCCAGCGCUGGAAAUCAUGGAAACGUCGUUUCGAGACGUAUUUGGUAGCUUUAAACAUAAAAGACGACACACAGAAACGAGCUUUAUUGUUAUAUCAAGCGGGAGAAGCAACACAAGAAAUUUUUGACACGUUAGCAGACACGUUAGCAGGAAGCAACGAGUUCACAUCAAGAAGGAGUUUUCCAACGACGAGAAUGUUAACUAUGGAGUGUCACAGGGAAGCUGCCAUGGACCUGCUCUCUUUCUACU